AUGGGAUUUGUAAACAAAGUUGUACAACAGUUUAAUAUUGGAUUAGAUGGUGUGUAUGUUAAUACAAAAUUGGAUCAUGAAGUAGGUGAUCAUGACAAUAUGGCUUAUGUUGAAUUCCAAACACUUGAUGUGCUCCCAGAUGCUAAACAUCCGUAUGUAUAUUUUACAUUAUAUGCAAAAAACAGUGUACAACGAACGAAUGAACAGCAGACAACAAUUAAAACUGAAAAUAUAACAGAUGAUAAUCAACAAAAUGAUUAA